AGCAGCCGGAGGUGUCUCGUGAUGUCUGGCCGGGGCAAGGGCGGCAAGGGGCUCGGCAAGGGCGGCGCCAAGCGCCACCGCAAGGUGCUGCGCGACAACAUCCAGGGCAUCACCAAGCCGGCCAUCCGCCGCCUGGCUCGGCGCGGCGGCGUCAAGCGCAUCUCGGGGCUGAUCUACGAGGAGACGCGCGGCGUGCUCAAGGUCUUCCUGGAGAACGUGAUCCGCGACGCCGUCACCUACACGGAGCACGCCAAGAGGAAGACGGUCACGGCCAUGGACGUGGUCUACGCCCUCAAGCGCCAGGGUCGCACUCUCUACGGCUUCGGCGGCUAAAGUUUUGCGCUCCUUUCGGACCACCGUAACAAAAACCCCAAAGGCUCUUUUAAGAGCCACCCACGUAUUUCUUUAAAAGAGCUGUGUUACAAUGUUGCAGAGAUUUGAAGUCCUAAAUAUUUCCAAAAUUGUUAAUGUAAUCCUACUAAUCCUUUGUGAGUAGUCUCAAAUGUGUAAGUUCGCUGUUAACAAGGAAGUCGUCUUUGCCAUAUGAUGUUCUUCAGUGUUCCGAAUUCUCAUAAAAAUCGCCUCAACUGUAAUAAAAAUAUUUUUUUAAUGUUCACCAAUUCAAGCAAUUAUGUAAAAUGUUACUCCAUGCCUUGAUUUUUUUAAAUUUUGUGUUUAACUGAGUAUAAAGAAAUUUGAUACUUUUGACUAGGGGAAAAUUGGAAAUUUGCUUUGGGAUUAAUGUUUUCUUUCUGAUAUUCCUAUUUACCCCCCUUUAUUUCCUUGUCUAUGAUUUAUUUACUUUUCAAAUAAAAGAGUAAAUCUAAUAA